CCAGGGGGGCGGGGACGCUGUCUCACCAAAACAAGGUAGCGUGAUGGGUCAGAAACGCAGAUAGGGAUGUUUGACAGAAAGGUGCUGUCAACUUAAAACCACUGGCAGGUGAAAAGAAAAGGAAAAGCUGAAGCUGACAAAGACGAGUCCUAACAAACCGCUGCGGGAAGAUUCUCUCUGAGAAAUAUUUACAAGGUAGACGUCGGUGGAAAGUGUUGUAGUGUCCGUUUUAGAGCAGCUUUUAUGGCCACAGAGAGGAAGUGAUUAAAAAGUGAGGAGUUUUUCUUUUCUCAUUUUGGCCGGAAAAAAAGCCAGCAUGUCUCUGGAGGUGAAGGAAAAGACCCAGGUGCGUAUAGUGUUUCUGGGGGCAGCAGGUGUGGGCAAGACAGCCCUGAUCCAACGCUUCCUCCAGGACACAUUUGAGCCCAAACACCGGCGCACAGUGGAGGAGCUACACAGCAAGGAAUAUGACAUCGGUGGGGUCAAGAUCACUGUGGAGAUCCUGGACACCAGUGGCAGCUACUCCUUCCCCGCCAUGCGCAAGCUCUCCAUCCAAAACAGCGACGCCUUCGCACUGGUGUACGCCGUGGACGACCCGGAGUCACUGGAGGCUGUCAAGAGCCUUCGAGAUGAGAUACUGGAGAUCAAGGAAGACAAGUACACACCCAUCGUGGUGGUGGGGAACAAGGUGGAUCGUGAGGGGGAUCGUCAGGUAGCCAGCGAGGACGUGCUGUCAACUGUAGAGCUGGACUGGAACAACAGUUACCUGGAAGCUUCGGCCAAGGAGAACGCCAACGUGGUGGAGGUGUUCAAGGAGCUGCUGCAGCAGGUUAACCUUCCCAGCCACCUCAGCCCCGCGCUACGCAGACGCAGGGAGACCUUUCCGAAAGACACUGAUUUUCGGCCACCCAUGAACAAGACCAACAGUUGUAUUCUGUCAUAAUGGGAGACGUUUUGUUUGACAGAUGGACAGGGGUUGAGAAGACAGAGGGCAUGUUGUUAAACCUAGUGGUGCUGGAGAGAGAAGGAGAGGAACGCCUGGACUUCACUGAUCGUCGGUGUAAAGUUGGAGAGCAGCCUGAUUGUGAGAAGUGAACUGGACCAACAAAGAUACUUCAGGGUUCAUAACUGAGAGGAAAAGAAACCAGGGAGCAGAAUGGGAUUAAGACUGAACUGAAACACAGCGCCAUUAGGAUAUUUAAGGAAAUGUAUUAAAUCAAGUGGAGAGAAGAAACAUGCAUUAAUUACUCAGUUGUUUACUUGAUGUAAUGUAGUUGCUGCCCAUGUGGUGAAAUGCUGCUGGUGUUUAGAUCAAUGUCUAAAUUCUGAAUUUUAAAGUAAAAUGUUCAAGUACAUCAAGGUAUUUGAAGUGUGUGUAUAUAUGUUGUGAUUUGUCCAAAAGUUGUACCUCUCAUGCAAAUUAUUUUAAUUUACUUAAUUCACCUGUAGCACAUCAUAUUGUUUACAAUUUUUGUACUCUUGCAAUUUACCAUUAAGCGUGAUGUAACUCUUAUGUAAAAAAAACGGUGAAAUGCAAAUGUAAACUGUAAAUGCACUUUUCAUUCUGAAAUGACCAUUCAAAAUUGUUUUCAUGUUGUUUUUAUAAAUUAGAAUUAUUUUUUUAUUGUGACAAAUGUUGUUUUGCUCUGUAUUUAACAAAUGUAAGUGAAAA